AUGUUGCUAGGUGCAGAAAUAUUUCUGGAGUUGCUGUGCGUAGGUCAAAUAAAGCUGUUGAACGGUGUACCUCGAUUGCAAAAAACGGUAUUUGGCUGGGUAGUGUCCGGUAGCACACAGAUAGUCGAAGGUGAUCGCGUGAGGGCUCAAAGCCUGGUAAGCGACGUAGUCGUAACGGAACAGCAAGACGAAAAACUUAACAGCUUGGUGGAGCGAUUCUGGGAGAUGGAGCAACUAUCGACGAAGUCUACGUUCUUAACUGACGAGGAAGCAGAGUGCGAGCGCAUAUUUCGCGAGAGCGUGCGCAGAGAUGACAGCGGAAAAUUCGUCGUAAAAAUACCAUUUAAGAGCGACGUUGAUAAACUUGGAGACUCGUUUUACACAGCUGAGCGGCGGUUUCUGGCAUUGGAAAGGCGGCUUAAUAAAGAUUCAGACACCAAAAAAGCAUAUGCUGACUUUAUUGAGGAGUAUAUAAAACUCGUGCAUAUGGCAAAGGUAGCGGCAGCAGACCUUGAGCAGCUGAAGUAUUUUUCGCCUCAUCAACAUGUGUUACGCCCGGAGUCCACGAGUACGAAACUUCGAGUAGUUUUUGAUUGUAGUUGCAAAGCUGCGAUUUCGGUGCUUCAAAUUUGCGCUUACAGCUGA